AUGGAGUCCCUUAGCGGCGCAAUUGAGGAGCAGCGCCGAAUUCAAACCCAUCUCACUCGAAUCCAGACUAACUUCGAGUCUAAGCAAUCGUCUGAGAUCUCGAGAGGUUAUGUUCAGAGUCUUCUCGCGGAGAUUGAUACUAUCUUCCAGGACUUUAAGCGCGGCCAUGAACAAAUCUACACUCUUAUUCGCAACGCAUCGCUUGACGAGGACGACAUUCCUUAUCUGAAGGAGGAAGUUUUCUAUACCUGCUACGAUUUAUAUAUCGCCUUUAAGUCUACCUUACUUGAUCGACAAAAUGACCUCGCGCCAUGGCCGUCGCCGCUCGCGCACGCAAGCACCUUCGCUAUGGCCACUACACGGAAUGACACUACCGCUGCUUCUGCACGACUGCCAAAAAUCGACUUGCCUAAGUUUUCUGGAGACUAUUUGGAGUGGAUCCCUUUUCGCGAUAUGUUUCUAUCGCUGGUACAUAAUAACGACGCCUUAACUCCGGUACAAAAAUAUUUUUAUUUAAAGGGAUCUUGCAUCGGCACACCUAAAGAAAUGGUGGAAGAAUUUCCAGCUACGGAUGCCAGCUAUGAAACUGCCUGGGCUGCCUUGUUUCUCGAAACUACUUAUCGAGCGCUUGAAUUUAUCGAAGAAGAGGACACAUCAAAAAAGGUUGUGAACCGCUCGUACAGCGACAAACAAAAACAACACAAACCUGCUCGCAGACAAUUACAUGCUAAUGCAGCUACUACUACCGCCAGUUCAGCAUCGUCAAAUUAUAGCUGUCCCUGUUGUCAAAAACAACAUCUCUUGUACAAAUGUUUUAAAUUUUCUGCACUACCUGCUGCUGAAAAGCAGAGCUUUGUCCUACAACAUAGGCUAUGCCUAAACUGUUUAGGUAAGGGUCAUACAUACAGUGAGUGCGAAAGAAAUUCCCGCUGCCAGGCCUGUAAGCAGCCGCACCACACUGUUAUUCACAAUGCAUUCGCUCUUCGCAACAAUAAAAAUGACGAACACAAACUUUCUGCAAAUCUCACAACUACUGCUCAAAUUAUGAAUGCAGAAGUGCACUCUGCGACUACUAACGCUCAAGUCUUACUCGCUACUGUACGGGUGAUUAUUGAAACACCUGAGCGACAAUUUCACUUGAAAGCACUCGUUGAUCAAGGCGCUCAAGCCUCAUUCAUAACAGAGGACGCCGCUCAGUUGCUCAACUUGCCAAAACGAAAUACCAAUGUUAUUGUAGCGGGCAUUGGUGGAGCAAAUGCUUUAAUUGCUAAAAGGUCUCUAACUCUAUGCUUGCGCUCACAAUAUGAAAAAGACUUUAAAAUGGACUGCACCGCGUUUAUUUUGCCGAAAUUGACAUCAUACAAACCAUCGCCUUAUCACUUGCGCGGUAUGCCAAAUUUAUCCGGCAUUUUUCUUGCUGAUCCAACCUUUGCUUUGCCCGUCAAUAUCGACCUAGUUUUAGGCGGAGAUGUAUAUGGCGAUAUCUUACUCUCUGGCAUGAAAAAGUACGAACGUGGCAUUUUCCUACAAGAAACUCAUUUUGGAUGGAUGAUUUCUGGUCCAUCUACUACAACUCCUUCACAACAAAUUUUGCAUACAAAUUUAUGUACUCUAGAUGAUCAGCUUCGUUUAUUUUGGGAACAGGAGGAACUGCACGAAGAGCGCCAGCUCUCUUCCGAAGAGACAGCCUGCGAAAACCACUUUUUGCAAACCUACAAGCGGGAUAAAUGCGGCCGGUAUACGGUUCACUUACCCUUUAAAACCCUAUUUGCACAGGGUAAGCUCCCAGCAUUUAGUGGCACUGACUUUAACGCUGUUAAAAGACUUAAGCAGCUAGAAAUGCGAUUCAAAAAUCAACCUAACUUUGCAAAGCUUUACAAAGAUUUUAUGGCAGAAUAUCUAAGCUUAGGUCACAUGCAAGAAGUCGGCUUUUAUCCAGAAGAUCUGCAAGAAAAUUCAUAUUUCUUUUGCCAUCAUGGUGUCUUACAGCAAUGCAGCAGCACCACCAAAUUGCGCGUUGUAUUCGACGGUGGGAAUCGUUGUCCCCCUCAACCUUCUCUCAAUGAUGAACUUGCUGCAGGGCCGGCAUUGCAAAGUGAUUUGUCAAGUAUUAUUUCUCGAUGGAGAAGUCACAAAAUAGCUUUUACAGCCGAUUUAGAAAAAAUGUUUAGGCAAAUCAACGUUUGUAAGGAACAUCAAAAUUAUCAGUGCAUUCUCUGGCGAGAGGAUUCUACAAAGCGAAUUAAAAUAUAUAAACUUUGCACUGUCACUUAUGGGACAACUUCUGCUCCGUAUUUAGCGAUUCGUGUUCUACGCCAACUAGCCACUGAUGAGCAAACAAAUUAUCCUCUCGCAAGCCAAGUGUACUUAAAUGAUACCUACGUUGACGAUAUUAUAUCAGGUGCAGACACGAACGCGGAAGCAAUCGAGCUACAACAACAACUCAGCAGGCUGUCAUCUAGUGGCGGAUUUAAUCUUAGAAAGUGGAACUCAAAUUCUGCCGUGUUGCUACAAACAAUUCCACCUGAGAAUAAAGAGAACGCCAAUUGGAUUGAACUUAAGGCAGAGAACCUCGUAAAAGCCCUUGGUCUUUUUUGGGACACGAACGAAGAUGAAUUCUCUUUCAAAAUCAACUUUAGUUUUGCUUCCGCAAUAACUAAGAGGAGUAUGCUCUCUGAUGCGGCCAAAUUAUUCGACCCACUUGGUUGGCUGGCGCCUACCACAAUUAUCGCUAAAAUCAUGUUCCAAAGGUUAUGGAUGGAGGGACUAGAUUGGAAUGACCCACUUCCAACUAAAUUAAAUGCUGAAUGGUUGCAGUAUCGAGAUUCUCUGCAUGAACUCGAAAGCAUAAAGAUUCCAAGGUGGUUUGGAUGCAACAAAUUUAACAAAAUUGAGUUGCAUGGUUUCAGUGACGCCUCACAGGCUGCCUAUGGGGCAGUUGUAUAUGCGGUAGUCUAUAACAACUCAACUAUUUACGCAUCACUUAUUCAGUCAAAAACUAAGGUAACACCGCUCAAAACUGUGUCAAUUCCGAGACUGGAAUUAUGUGCGGCGGCGUUACUGGGUAAACUCAUGGCGAAAGUGAAAACCUACUUCCACGCGGAUGCACCUGUUUUCUAUUGGACCGACAGCACAGUGGUUUUGAGUUGGAUACGAUGCCAUUCCACGCGCUGGUCCGUGUACAUCGCCAAUCGCGCAGCUGAGAUUCAGCGCAUAUCUGAUGUAAGUCAGUGGAGGCACGUGCGUACAAGCGAGAAUCCAGCGGACUGCUUAACACGCGGUCUGACUCCAAGAGAGCUUAAGGCACAUACUUUGUCGUGGUUUGGGCCGACUUGGCUUACUGGGCCAAUAUCGAACUGGCCACACGAGAACUUAACUUUCGAAACUUGUUUAGAAGAGCGAAAAUCAUAUAUCGCUUCUCACGUAACUACGUUAGCUGAAAACUCUAUGGAAGACCCCGAUUUUAUUUCGCUGCAGCAACACAAAAUAGAGAACAAUUUAUGUGAGACGGGCUUUCUAAAAUCACGCGAGAUUAAACACGCACUCGCUAUAAUAAUCAAGCAGGUACAGCGCAUUGACUUCACCCAAGAGAUACAUUGUUUGGAAAAUAAGCAAGCUCUUAACAAAAAGAACGCUCAUCACCAAACUCUACAUGGCGGCGUUCAGCAGAUGCUUUCGUUUGUCUCUCAACGUUACUGGAUUCUAUCAGCGCGCAGCUUAGCAAAAUCCGUGCUCCGUAAAUGCGUAAUCUGUUUCAAAUACACAGCGAAGGUGCAUCAGCAGCAAAUGGGAAAUUUACCCGCAGUUCGUCUUCAACCAACUAAACCGUUUCAGCACAGUGGACUCGACUACGCUGGUCCCAUAACACUAAAGCUUUCACUACUUCGCAAAGCGGCAACCACAAAGGGCUAUAUCUGCCUGUUCAUUUGCAUGUGCACGAAGGCCAUACACCUUGAAGUAGUUUCAAGCCUAAAUACUGACGCCUUUAUCGCCGCAUUUCGUCGCUUUAUAUCAAGGAGGGGUCGAUGCAGCGAUUUAUACUCUGAUUGCGGUACUACGUUCGUAGGGGCUAACAAAGAGCUAAAGAUUUCCUUUCAGCAGCAAAAGGCUUCGCUCCCCGAACAUCUUGCUGCCGCACUUGCAAAUGAAGGUACGACAUGGCACUCCAUUCCGCCCGCUUCACCAAAUUUCGGAGGCUUAUGGGAAGCGGCGGUUAAGUCGACUAAACAUCAUCUAAGACGAAUAAUGCGAGAUCGGGUGCUUACUUUUGAAGAACUCAGCACGCUUCUUGCACAAAUUGAAAGUUGCUUGAAUUCUCGGCCGCUCUGCCCAUUGUCAGCAUAUCCCACUGAUCAUCAAGCGUUGACACCUGCACACUUUCUUGUAGGUGAACCCACAACUUGCGUCUCAGAGGAGAGCCUGCUUGACUCUAAUAUCGACCACCUGACCCGCUGGAAACUAGUUGAGCGCCUAAAGCAACAUUUCUGGCAUCGAUGGGCUAACGAAUACUUACACACUCUACAAACUCGCACCAAGUGGACACAAGUUCAAAAAAAUCUUCGCGUCAACGACAUCGUUUUGCUGCAACAUGAGCGUAGCGCUCCUGGCUAUUGGCCGUUGGCGAGAGUGCAUGAGAUACAUCCCGGUGCAGAUGGUCUAGUAAGGGUCGUUACGCUUUUCUGUAAAGGCAAACUUGUGAAGCGGCCGAUUUCUAAAAUUUGUUCGCUGCCCAUCAAUGAUAACACUGGCACCACGGCCGAUGUUUUGUAA